AUGUCGUGCGGAUCGUCAGAAACAGACAAGCGCAGCAAAAAGAUUGACAAGGCCUUAAGAAAGGCCGGUCAUCAAAGCAAGGGCGUGUUCAAGAUCCUGCUGCUGGGCACUGGAGAGUCUGGCAAGUCCACAGUUGUGAAACAGAUGAAGAUCCUGUAUUGCGGCGGCUUUGGCGAUGAGGAGAGACAACGGUUUCGUAUCCUCGUCUUCCGCAACUGCCUUCGCUCCAUGAAGGCGCUGGUCGAUGCAAUGGACCUGCUAGAGAUUGCGUUUGAGAACCAGAGCCUGAUUGAGCAAGCAUACGACCUGCUCGACAUCUCCGAGGCGUCGUUCACAGACCUCGCACCACACAAGGAGCUCUUCCGAAAACUGUGGGAAGACAAGGGCGUACAAAAGGCAUACGCGAGGCGAGACGAGUUCCAGUUGAGCGUCAGCACAGCGUACUUCUUUGACAAGUUGAACGACCUGUGCGAGCCGUCGUACAUCCCAGACAACGAUGACAUCCUCAGAGCGCGUGAGGCAACAACAGGCAUUCACGAGGUCUCCUUCGAGGUCGAAAAGGCAACUUUCAGGAUGCUUGAUGUCGGUGGGCAGCGGUCGGAGCGGCGAAAAUGGAUUCACUGUUUUGAGAACAUCACAAGCAUCAUCUUCAUCUCUGCGGCAAACGAGUACGACCAAGUGCUUGCCGAGGACAGCGAGACAAACCGCAUGAAGGAGAGCGUCGCCCUCUUUGCACAGAUUAUCGGCUACUGGUGGUUCCGGGAGACGUCCUUUGUUCUGUUCCUGAACAAGCAGGAUUUGCUUGAGGAGAAGGUGAAGCGCUCCUCUCUCAAGAAACACUUUCCAGAGUUCCCGGGCCCUGACGGCGACUAUGAGGCGGCACGCGAGUUUAUCCAGGACCUGUACUUCCGCGAGAAGCCGGAGACGCACCAGCUGUUUGUGCACUUUACAACGGCAACCAACACAGAGAAUAUCUACCACGUCUUCAACGCAGUUCGGUCCACGCUCAUUCGCUCGCAGCUCAAGAACCUCAACCUCUACUGA